AUGGACGACGCGUGGUGGGGUCCCACCAUUAUCGACCCCGUCACUAGGAAGCCCUACCUCGCGCUCGUGGAACGCGCGCGGCCGCACUACAUCAUCGUCGAUGCCAAGGGGAAACGGUUCAACAACAAGGCAGCACCGUACACGGACGCGGUCCAGGUCCAUUAUGAGCAAAACAAGUUCGUCGAGUUGAUACCCACUUGGUUGGUUAUGGAUGCCAGCCAUCGGAACAGGUACUUGCUCGGCACGCAGCUGUUUGCGAGGAUACAGGCAUCAUGGGGCGGACGUACCUGA